AUGCCUCAGCACUCGGACAACAAGCAUCAGCCGCCGCGCAAACCCUACACCAAGCCCGCUCCCGACCAACCUCGCUCAUCUGCUGCUCGUCGUCCGCGACCGUUCAGCCGCGACAACCUCGACGAGGGCACCAAGCAGCGCCGCGGUCCGCCUCCCGACAGGUCCAAGCCGCCGACCAAGGCCAAGCCACAGCCCGCACAGCUCGACCUCUCUGGACAGCAGCUCACCGCUCCUCCCGCCCCCGCCGACCUCGCCAACGUCGCCAAGCUCAACCUCAGCAACUGCGCCCUGUCGAGCAUCGCCUUUGCCAAGCAUGCCGCCACGUCCCUCACCUGGCUCAACCUGUCGGGCAACGCCCUCGCAGACCCGGGCGCUUGGGCCGGCAUCGACCAGCUCCAGACCCUCUUUGUCCUCAACGCGAGCCACUGCGGCCUGACCGAGGUGCCCGCCUGCGUCGCGUCGCUCUCCAAGCUCAAGGCGCUCGUCCUGUCGCACAACUCGCUCACGGCCCUCAAGCACGUCGCCAACCUUCCCGACCUCAACACGAUCGUCGUCUCGAACAACGCCCUCACGGCCCUCCCCUCGACCCUCGCGACCCUCCCCUCGCUCAAGAAGAUCUCGGCCGCGCACAACCGCCUCACGUCGUCCUCGCUCCCCGACCUGUCGCCCCUCGCCCACCUGCACGAGCUCCGCCUCAACGACAACCCGACCCUGACGUCGCUCCCGCCUCACUUUGGCACGUGGGGCAAGGCCGACGGCGCCAAGGGCCUCGAGAUCCUCGACAUCGGCAACUGCGGGUUCGAGAGCUGGUUUGGCCUGCGCGAGCUCGCCAAGCAGGACGCCGUCGUCAACCUCGGGCUCAAGGGCAACAAGGUGGCCGAGGACGCUGUGCGCGACGCCGGCUUCGACAACUUCAAGGCCAAGCUCACGAUCCUCCUUCCCUCGCUCCGCAUCCUCGACACGCACCGCUUCGACGCCAAGCACGCCGACCUCAAGACGCGCCGCGCGCUCCGCACCGAGGAGCAGCGCAUCCUCGACGCCGGCCCGAUGGCGCUCGCCGCCAACGCCAAGCGCGACGCGCCCGUCGCCGUCGACGACGUUGUGCGCGCCCGCGAGCGCGAGCGCGAGAACCGCCGCAGGCGCAAGAAGGGCAUCCAGGAGGAGGUCGGCGAGGGGCGGAAGAACAAGCGCGUCCGCGACGACGAGGACGGCGAUGGCGACGGCGACGGCGCGAGUGUCGAGCCCGGCCCAGCAACGGCAGGAGCGGGUUCGGGAUCGGCGGGCGCCGAGGGCACCGACGACAAGGCGUCGGCGGCGGUCGACGACGAGCGCAAGAAGCCCAAGAAGCGCAAGAGCCGCGCCGAGAAGCGGGCGGCCAAGGAGGGCGGCGCGGGCGAGGGUACGGCAGGCGGCCCGGGCGCAGCAGAGGCGUUACCGGCGCCCGUCGUCGCCGAGGCGCUUUCUCCGAGCACGGCGACCGUCGACGCGAGCGCAACGACGGCGGUGACGACGCCCAAGGACAAGAAGGACAAGAAGAAGAAGGCCGGCGUCCUCGCCGCCCUGCAAGGCGACUCGUCGGCCUCGUCCUCGUCGAGCAAGACGGCUCCAGCGUCGACAUCCGCCCCUGUACCUGCGCCCGCACCUGCGCCGAAGGAGGAGAAGCAGAAGACGUCGGUCGCCAAGAUCAUCGAGGUGCGGCGACCAGGAGCGGUCGACGGCAAGGGCGGCAAGAAGCGCAAGGCGGCGGCGGCGGCGACGGCAGACGACGCGGCGGCGCAGGACCGCAAGGUCGACGUCGGAGCGCUGCUCGGGCUCUCGAAGCCGGUCGAGGUCGGCAGGUCGCAGGACGGCGAGCAGGGCGAGGCGCAGGCGCCGGCCGCUCACCUCGCCGGACUCGGUGCGGCAGCAGGUUCGGGUCUGUUUGGCGGCGCAGGGUGGGACUAG